UGGUUCGGGGCGGCGGUCGCUGGCCAUGGGGCUCGGGGCGGCAGCCGGGGCCCUGCUGGUGGCACUGGGGGUGCUGGGAGCCCCCCCGGGUGCGGGCGCGGAGCUCUCGGGGGUGUUCCAGGUGAUGGCAAUGGCCGAGUGUCACUUCACUAACGGCACGGAGAAGGUGAGGUAUGUGGAGCGGUACAUCUACAACCGGGUGCAGGAUGUGAUGUUCGAAAGCGAUGUGGGGCACUUCGUGGGGUUCACCCCCGCUGGGGAGAGGUGGGCCAGGGACUGGAACAACGACCCGGAACGGAUGGAGUACCAACGGACUGUGGUGGACACGUACUGCCGGCACAACUACGGGCUUGCUGCCCCGUACCUCCCGGUGCGCCAAGUGCCCCCCAGCGUGUCCAUCUCGCUGGUGCCCCCCUCGAGCUCCCAGCCCGGCCCCGGCCGCCUGCUCUGCUCCGUGAUGGAUUUCUACCCCGCUGCCAUCCAGGUGAGGUGGUUCCAGGGCCAGCAGGAGCUGUCGGAGCACGUGGUGGCCACCGACGUGGUGGCCAACGGGGACUGGACCUACCAGCUGCUGGUGCUGCUGGAAACGCCGCCCCGGCGCGGGCUGAGCUACAGCUGCCAGGUGGAGCACGUCAGCCUGGAGCAGCCGCUGAGGCGGCACUGGGAGAUGCCGCCGGACGCCGGCCGCAGCAAGAUGCUGACGGGCAUCGGGGGCUUGGUCUUGGGCUCGGUCUUCGUGGCGCUGGGGCUCGGCUUCUACGUGCGCAAGAAGCUCCUGAGGCGGCGGCGGCCGCAGCCCCUCCCCGUGGGCUCGGGCCCGGCCGGGACCCCCCGCUCCGUCCCCGCUCCGCUGAUCCCGGGGGGGUCCCGUGUCCCCCCCAGCGCCGCUGGCGCUCUGCCCCCGCCCAGUGCCCGCUGCCGGCGCUCCCAAUAAAGCUUCCCAGCUGGG